CAAUGGACGGGCACGUCCGGCGGCUGCUGAACCGCGUGUCGAUCGCCCUGGCGGCCGUCGCCACUGCCGCGCUGCUGCAACUGUUCCGCCACUCGUUCUCCUCCUGCCUCGCCGGAGGCGGUGGCCCGUCCACAUACGCGUCCCUGUCUCUGGCGCCUUUCCCGCGCACCUCCUGCGACGCCGCAUCCCGCCGCGUCGUGGACUCCGACCUCCGCCUCGCCAGGUUCCGGGCGUCCCCGCGCUGGAGCCGCCGCGGCGCGGCCCUCUCCGCGGCUGCUUUCGCCCCGCUCCGCCGGCUGCGCUUCCUCGGCGAUUCCUCACGCGUCCUCUGCGUCGCCGCAGGCGCGGGGCAGGCCGUGGACGCGAUCCACGCGGCCGGCGUAGGGGACGUCACGGGCGUCGAUCUCGUCGACUUCCCGCCCCUCGUGCGCCGGGCAGACGCGCACAACCUCCCAUUCUUCGACGGCGCCUUCGACGUUGUGCUCUCCGACGAUCCGGGCGCGGUCACCGGCGCGCUCUUUCCGUCCCGGUUCGCUGCGGAGGUCGAGCGCACCGUCCGACGCGGUGGCGCGAUCGUGAUCGCCCUCGACCGCCGCUUCGGUUUCUCCACCGUCGCUCGCCUCUUCAGGAAGUCCCGCGUCGUGGAGGUGAGGAAUGCGACGCUGGAUGGCUCCCUUGUGAACGUCAUCAUUUUGAGAAGGAACAGAACCAAAACUAACACUCAUUGAUUCC